AUGGAUGAAAUAUACCAUGAUGAAUUUGUAUACGUUUAUAUUCCUUUUGACAUAAAUGCGGAAGUGGAGGAGGUUAGGUUUAAUGGGUUGGAAAAGGAGUUCAGGGAGCGUCUAAUUAAACACUUUUCAGUACAUUCACUGCUGCCAGAUGAGAUUAAGCAAUUGCAUAAGCAAUAUUCGAAGGAGACUAAUGGUGAACAUCAGGAUUUGAUCUCUGAAUGCAUUUCAACGUCCAACACAUACCAGAUAAUACCACUGACACUGCCCACGAAAAAUAGUGGGUUUAAAGGGAUCAACUGUUAUAUAGACAACGUAGGAAGGGUUAAAGGGUUGCCCACGAAUGCAAGAGCCACGAGAAUCUGCUCAACAGAUAUCCGAGGAGACUGUUUCAUAUGUCUGACAUUUGACGAUGAAGAAGUUUUUAAACGUCUUGACUUUACCAGUAAUGAUUACCAGAAUUUGUUAGCUAAUCCACCAGAUCCUACAGGGAGGUUGUGGGACCCGUCAAAAGCAUUAUCCAUGCUAAGUGACCCAAGUAAACAAAUAUCAAAUUUUACAGCUAAAAAUAAUGAAGUUGUAGAUCAGACAUACUGCGAAAAUUGCAGAAAGGAAUUCGGCAACCAAGAUAAAUUUUUCAAGUGUGGGAGGUGUAAGAAGGUCAAAUACUGCGGGAAAUUGUGUCAGAAAUCCGAUUGGAUAUUUCAUAAAAAUAUAUGUACCAAUAAACCCUAA